UUAUCUCUUUCUUAUAUAAAUACACUAACCGCUCCAUUACCUAAUAGUACCAUCAACCCUUGUUUUUAUUCUUAGAAUUCUCCUCUCCUCUCCGAAUCCUUUAAUUUGCUAUUUUUCAUUCAUUAAUUUCAUCCCAGAGAAAAAAUGCCUGCAGCUGACAUCUCAUCGUCACCGGCCGGCGGCGGCCAUGGCCAGACAGUCUGUGUCACUGGCGCCGGCGGCUUCAUCGCCUCCUGGAUUGUUAAGCUUCUCCUUGCUAGAGGCUACUCGGUCAGAGGAACCGUCAGGAACCUAGAGGAUCCCAAGAACGAGCACCUGAGAGAACUAGAAGGAGCAAAAGAGCGGCUGACCCUAUGGGAGGCCGAUCUUCUGGAUUACAACAGCCUUGGAAGAGCCAUAAGUGGCUGCCAUGGCGUUUUCCAUGCCGCUUGUCCCAUCACCGAUGAUCCCGACAAUUUGAAGGAACAAAUGUUGAGGCCGGCGGUGGAUGGGACCAAGAAUGUGAUCACGGCGGCAUCGGCGGCCAAAGUCCGGCGGGUUGUCUUCACGUCGUCGGUGGGCGCCGUGUAUAUGGAUGCCAACCGGAGCACCGACGUGGUGAUGGACGAAUCGUAUUGGAGUGACCUUGAAUAUUGCAAGGACACCAAGGUAUACAUGAAUUGGUACUGUUACGGCAAGACCGUGGCCGAGCAGACGGCCUGGAAGCUGGCGAAGGAGUUGGCCGUGGAUCUGGUGGCGGUCAACCCGGUCGUGGUGUUGGGUCCGCUGCUGCAGUCGAGCGUCAACGCGAGCAGCGUCCACAUCCUCAAGUACCUAGCCGGAUGGGUCAACACCUACGCCAACGCGGUUCAAGGCUACGUCCACGUCAGAGACGUCGCCCGAGCCCACGUUCUCGUGUUCGAGGCCCAGUCCGCCUCCGGCCGAUACCUCUGCGUCGACAGCGUCAUCCACCGCGGCGAGGUGGUCGACAUCCUCGCCGAGAUGUUCCCCGAGUAUCCUCUCCCCACCAAGUGCUCGGAUGAGAAGAACCCAAGAGCAAAACCACACAAGUUCAACUGCCAGAAGCUGAAGGAGCUAGGGUUGGAGUUCACACCAGUGAAGCAAUGCUUGUAUGAAACUGUCAAAUCCCUCCAGGAAAAGGGCCACCUUGUUACCCUCCCUAAUAAACAGCAUUAGGAAAUCAUCUGCUCUUCACACAUACAUGAACCAACUUAAAUGUUGCACUGUCAUUAUUAUAUUAUGCCCUAGCUAGAUCCCAUCUUGCAAGUGGCUUAAUAUAUUUCCUUGCACUGAAGGGGAAAACGUCUUAAAGAUGGCGAAUUUGAGAAUUAGGGUUAAUUUUUCCAUGAAAGGGCUUGAAAUGGAUAAUGACAGAGUACAAGGACUUAUUUUUUCAGAUGAUGGUAG